ACCCGCCUGCUGCAGGAGGGGGAUGUGAUCAGCCUUGGAGACCGACAGCUUACCGUCAUGCACAUGCCUGGUCAUUCCAGAGGCAGUAUUUGCUUACACGACAAAGACCAUAAGAUUUUAUUCAGCGGAGACGUGGUGUACAACGGAUCCAUGAUCGACUGGCUUCCCUACAGCAGAAUAAGCGACUACGUUGCGAGCUGCCAGCGCCUCAUGGAGUUAGUGGACAGAGGUCUGGUGGAGAAGGUACUGCCUGGGCAUUUCAACAUAUUUGGGGCAGAAAGGUUGUAUCGGUUAGCUUCUAAUUACAUUUCACAAGCUGGAGUUUGUCACAAGGUUUCUACUUGUGCCAUGAGAUCCAUUGCAAGCAUAGCGCUCAGCGUGACCAAUUCCAGAGUCACUUCCUAG